AUGACUCUGUCCGAUAUGGAGAUGGACCAGGAGUGGAAGCCUUCAGGCAAGAUUCGGCCGCAGUCGACCAUGGCGCAAGCCUUUUCCACAGCAUUGGACAGCGCUUUCAUGCUCGACAGUGAUGUCAACCACCUGUCCCAGACGAUUGAUCAGAAGAAGCAACAAAUGAUGAUCCAGACACGCGAACUUGAAGCGCUGCAAGCGCGCAUUCGCGAAGCCGAGGAGCGCCUCAAGGCACAGGCUUACCACUCCACAUCAGCAUCGCAGACCGAACGGGGUGAGCAGGAUCAAGCAACCGGUAAGGAUGACUCCGUGUGA